GACUCCCUGAUGACCACAGAGGGAGCAACCUAAAGCAGGACAUCACCGCCACUAUGCACCUCUAUGAAAGGUGUGACUUAAAAUGACAAUGAUGUUCAUCUGAAGAUAAGUAGUUAACAGGUACAUAGAGUGAGAUAAUGAGUUUGAUCUUCAAUACGGAUUUAAUUGUUUAUAUCCUGUACUGUCUUCGUGGUAAACACAUUGAAAUACAUGUAAGCUCCAGACGGGAGACAACUAAUCUCGUCUUGGCAAGUGGUUUUACAAUAUCACAAUGGAUAUCAAUGUCGUAAUUCUUACCGAUCCCGUUAGUAUUUUACUGUCUGAAAUACUUAAAUUGUUAAGUCCCGUCCUGCCUCCUAGUUAUGUUUUCUUUAUUUUUGUCAUUUAUUCUUCUGUUCAUGUUUUAUGUUUGUAUACUCGUCUCUCCUUUUUUUUUUAGACACGUCACUCCCUGCCCUUGUGUGUGGCCCGCCUCUAGUGAUUGUCUGCCUCGCCUUGAUUCUUUGUACCUGUUCCUCGUCAUCCUUCCAGACCUAGUGUAUUUAGCUUGUGUGUUCCUGCCUCUCGUUACCAGUUGGUCUUAGUUUCCUCCGUGUUCUAACAUUCCAGCGAUCUCCGGACGGACUCCGGACUGCUGCUCUUCAAUUUUGUCAAAGCAUUCAGAGGAUCAUUACUCUUGCAGGUUCAUACUUUGCUUGUUGAGGAAGGAUGAAACUCAUCUUUGCUCUUCUGGUCAUCCUUCCCUUGGCCUUUCCCUCAGAGGGAAGCCAAAUCUCGGUCUCUAAUGGAGGUUAUUGGGGCGGCUGGGGUGGGAUGGAGAUGUGUCCCCCGUCUUAUCGCGCUUUUGGCUUCAGUCUUAAGGUGGAGGAGAAACUAGGCUCGGGAGAUGACACUGCACUCAAUGGGAUCCGACUCCUGUGCCGUCACAGAGAAAACCGUAACCUCCAGGUAACCAUAAGUUCAUCCGAAGGAAGAUGGGGGAGUUGGACCCAUUACCAGGAUUGUGGCUAUGCAUAUCUUCUUUCCUUCGUUCUCCGUGUGGAACGUCCCAGAGGAGGACGAGUAGAUGACACCGCUGCCAACAACAUCCAGUUCAAGUGCAGCGAUGGAAGGGUUCUGUAUGGUGGUGGCCAGACCUGGGGUGACUGGGGGAAGUGGAGUGGUCUGUGCUAUAAGGGAAUCUGUGGCAUUAUGACCAGGGUGGAAGGUCCAGUGGGCAGGGAAGAUGACACUGCCCUGAAUGAUGUCCAAUUUAGAUGCUGUUAGUGAAGUAACCUGGAUGAGGAUGAUGACGUAAAAUGAAAAGCUGUACCUCAGCAGUCAACAGUAGCUUUCUGGUUUACAGAUCCACAGUAGGUGCCCUCUAUCCAUUGGCUGUCUGACUGGGUCCACAGUAAAAUGCUGUUAACUAUUGUUUCUACCAUCAUCUUCAAUUCUAUCAAUAAAGAGUCUGAAGCACUACCCA